GUGCGCGUACUCGGCAACAUUCAUCGGCAUACUGUUCAAUGUGUGCUUAUGAUCAAUAUGUUCAAUGAGAAGAUAUUCUUAUUUUUAUGGGCGAGUGGCCGUAACUUAGCAAUGUCGCAAAUCCGCAUGGUCGCCGUGCGGCCAGGGGCUACAUGUCGCAAAGGAGGAGACGUGCGGCGAAGCAGCUGGGCGAUCCGACUGGUUGAGUAA